CCAUUUGUUCUUCGGUGCUUUUCACAGUGUCAAAAUGGAACGACAUAAAAGUGAACUGAUUUUCAAAUUAAAUUUCAGGACAAUUAUGACCAACCAUCAGCGAGUGCUGUGCGAUUCUCACAGGGAAAUUAAAUUAAACUGAUAGACGAAUAUGACGGCAAAUAGCAACGACAGUGCUGAGUAUUUGUGGGCGAUCAACGCCACCCGCUGCUUUGUCGGUGACAGCAACGAGACGCUGGGCAUCGAUUGGGACGAUUGGGACGUGUCACUGUGGACGCCGGAGCAGCGCCAACUUCUGGAACGUGGCGGGGUAUCUCGACGAAUUCACGUCGCCCUUGGCGUCCUCCUCAGUUUCAUCGUCCUCUUUGGUUUCGCCGCCAAUUCCACCAUCCUCUACGUCUUUUCCAGGUUCAAACGGUUGAGGACGCCGGCCAACGUGUUCAUCAUCAACUUGACCAUCUGCGAUUUCUUCGCCUGUUGUCUCCACCCACUGGCCGUCUACUCGGCGUUCAGGGGCCGCUGGUCUUUAGGUCAAACAGGCUGCAAUUUGUAUGGGAUGGGCGUCGCUUUUUUCGGACUCAACAGCAUCGUGACCCUGUCGGCCAUCGCCUGUGAGCGCUACAUCGUCAUCACGUCCAGCAGUUGCCGCCCGGCUGUCGCCAAAUGGCGGAUAACUCGUCGACAAGCGCAAAAGGCUUGUGCUGGGAUUUGGCUCCAUUGCGCCGCUCUGGUGACUCCGCCCUGGAUGCUGGGAUGGUCAUCCUACGAGCCGGAAGGAGUUCUAGUCACCUGCUCCUGGGAUUACACGACCAGGACCCUGUCCAAUCGGCUCUACUAUUUGUACCUUUUAUUACUCGGAUUCGUCCUGCCCGUCUCCGUUUUGACGUUUUGCUACGCGGCCAUUUUCCGGUUCAUUUUCCACAGUUCAAAGGAGAUGACCCGGCUGGUCAUGGCCAGUCACGUCAAAUCGCCGUUCAGCACCAAUUCGACUUCAUUCCGCAAACGGCGGAGGCAAACGGACGUCCGGACGGCGCUGAUAAUUUUAUCGCUGGCCAUGCUCUGCUACACGGCCUGGACACCUUACGCCAUCGUCAGUCUCAUCGGCCAGUUCGGCCCGGUCGACGAAGACGGCCAGCCCAGAAAACUGUCGCCCAUGGCGACGGCCAUCCCGGCCUUCCUGGCCAAAACGGCCAUCGUCUGCGAUCCUUUGGUUUACGGGUUUUCCAGUCCGCAGUUCCGCUCUUCGGUCCGCCAGAUUCUGAACAGCGGCGGAUUGCGGGGAGGACAGUCGAAUAACGCGAUUGCCGGCCUGACGAGAGUUCAAACGAAUCCGAAUUGCCAGCUGUCUCGCGUCAAUUCCGUCGCCGUCCUGUCAUCCAACCGAUUCAGAAUGAACAAAGAUCUUUCCGUUUCAGUCAACAAACUGAUGCUGCAAAGUACAGACGUCGCUUGGAUGAGAGCCGCCGAGUCAAUUCCACUGACGGGCCAACUCAUCCAAUGCCCAGCAACCAGCCCGUUGUCCCGUCUCAUUCCGCUUUUUUUCCGGAGCAGUUAUUCACUCAUCCGCAAAGUCGUUUGCCCAAAGAGCCGGAGAACGAUCCUUACCAAGACACUUGCUUCUGAGUUUAACAAGGUGCUGGCCCACCUGUUGAGUUCAUUUUUAAAAAUGCAUUUUGAUUCCAAAAACGAUCGACAAAAUAUUAUUAGCCUAACGUAUGUCCGGUUGCCCAUCAUUUUAUUUCCCUCCUGAUUUUAUUCCCGAAUGAUGUAUUAGCGAUGUGGCCUAUUUUCAAUUUAGUUUGAGUUCGAUUACACGCACG